AAACCCAUAAAUACCCCGAUGGCACUUUCGUAAUUUCGAUCCAAACCCCUUUCCCCGUUUCAUUCCUCCGCCCUAGACCCCUUCUCCCUCCCUGCCAUGAUCUUCUUCCCACUUGGGUUUUUCGUAAAUAUAUCGAAUUCUAUUUGGGUUUUUCGUAAUUAGUCAAGAAUCUCUGUUCUUGCAUCUGUUUGAAGCUUCCUUGGGUUAGAUUUUAUUCAUCUGGGUAAGAAUUCGGUUUUGAUUCUUAAUGCAUAUGUGUAAUUACCAAAUCCAUUGACUUUUUCACCCAGUUUUUUUGAAGAAUGGAACCGAUGGAUAUCGUCGGGAAGUCGAAAGAGGACGUUUCGCUGCCGAAAGCAACCAUGUUUAAGAUUAUUAAGGAGAUGCUCCCGGCAGAUGUUCGCGUUGCUAGAGAUGCUCAAGAUCUCCUUGUCGAAUGCUGUGUAGAAUUUAUCAACCUCAUUUCUUCUGAGUCCAAUGAAGUAUGUAGCCGGGAAGAAAAAAGAACCAUUGCACCUGAGCAUGUUCUCAAAGCUUUAGAGGUACUCGGAUUUGGGGAGUACAUUGAGGAGGUUUAUGCUGCAUACGAACAACAUAAGCUUGAGACUCUGGAUUCCCCCAAAGGUGGGAAGUGGACAAGUGGAGCCGAGAUGACUGAGGAAGAAGCAUUAGCAGAGCAGCAGAGGAUGUUUGCUGAGGCACGUGCAAGAAUGAAUGGGACAGCCAUUCCAAAGCAAGAAGACUCGGAACGGAGUAUGGAGCAACAGGAGGCGCGUGCAGAGAUGAAUGGGGCAGCUAUCCUGAAGCGAGAGAACUCAGAUCGGAGUAUAGAGCAGCAUAGGACAUUUGCUGCAGCACCUGCAAUAACGAAUGGGAUGGUUAUCCCAAAGCAAGAAGACUCGGCAGUGAGCAUGAAUAGCUGAUUCUGUCAUACACUGAUCAUGGGCAUGUUUGGAUCGCCCAUGUGGGAUCUGUUAAAUUCCUAGUUUUUGUAAGAACUUCGGAUAAUGCCAUCUGCAGAUUUGCACUCUGCUUUGUAUUUACCUAUGAAUUAUGUAGAUGGAAGAUGGGUUUCUUACAAUAGUCUUAUUAAUACAUUUAAGCAUACCGAAAUCUUUAUGUUGA